AUGAGGGUACCUAAUCACCAGGGAGCGCUGGUGACUUCCAAAGUGAAAAUCAUUUUGGUUAAAGAGGCUGAAUUUAGUUGCAUGUUUUCUGUAACAGGUAAAAUCCUGGUAAUUGUUGAAAGGUACCAUAAAGAGAAAUACCUCCCUCUCUUGGACAAAACCAAGUUUCUUGUCCCCGAGGAGCUGACCAUGAUGCAGUUCAUAACCAUCAUCAGAAGCAGAAUGGCUUUAACUGCUACACAAGCUUUCUACCUGCUGGUGAACAACAAAAGCCUCGCCAGUAUGUCCUUGACAAUGGCAGAAGUGUACAGGGACUACAAAGAUGAAGAUGGCUUUGUGUAUAUGACAUAUGCCUCCCAGGAGAUGUUUGGAUGCCUCUUACCCACUGCUCGAGGGAAAACUAUGGAAUGCCUUAAAACCUAAGGUGAUGGUAUCUACUUGCUGUGGCUAAGCAGCUAUGCUAUGGAUCAUGCCGGUGACAUGAAGUUUGGAGAUGCUCCUUCUAAUGAGUUCUUGAGCUCGGUACUGGGGAGUGAUGACCCGGAGGUUGGCAGGACCAGCUUGUGGCAGAAAUAGUGGUUCACUUCCUAGAUAAUAGUUUGUAUAUAUAUAUUUUAUAUUUAAAGACACUAUGGAUUUUUGAAACUGCACCUCCACUUUUCUUUGUAAUACCAGUAUGUUUGUAACUGCUUUUUAAGAUGUCCCUAAAA